AUGCCCCCAAACGCUCCCAACAUCCCCCCUCCCCCUGGGGAGAAUGAUCCCCUUCCUCGUUUCGCAAAAAAGCCUAAACGAAAAAUCACCAAUCUAAUCUUCAACCAUGAAUCAACAAAGGAUAAUAGUGUAGUGGAGUCUCCGGCCAUGGUUACCCAGAUUCCACCUAAACCAAUCUCUUUCCGCGACAUGGUUACUUCUAGUCAGAUGCAAGGAUUCAUCACUCCAGCCAUGAAUUUUGAAGAUGAUGAUGCCGAUCUGUCUGAUGAUGAUGAACUUUCAGAAGGCAUGAUUGAUGACCCUAACUGCCCUAUCAUACUUCUGUCUAAGAAGGAAAAAAAAAGACUCUGUCACCCAUGGAAACAUGCCUUAAUCAUUAAGAUGUUUAAUGGCAAAAUUGGUUAUAUGUCCUUGAUCAAACGAUUGAAAAAGAAAUGGGAAUUGAAGGGAGGCCUCACUCUCACGGACAUAGGGCAUGAUUAUUUCAUUGCUCGUUUUUCACUUUUGGAUGAUUACAACCAUGUACUCACACAGGGACCCUGGAUGUUUGAUGACAACUAUCUAACCAUACGGAAAUGGAUCCCUAAUUUUUUCCCAGAUGACACACCCAUGCGCUUCUUAACUGCAUGGGUUCGUAUCCCACACCUCUCCGUGGAAUAUUUUGACAAGGAGUUUCUUUAA